CGUAAAUGAACAAUUGGAAUUUGCUAAGCGACGUUGUGACGUCAUGUUCUUCACAAUAAUGACGUCAUUCCAUGUUAAAAUGGUGGAAAUCGUGGUAUUGGAUGUUUUACGCCCGAGAAACAUGACCCGAACAAGGUGACAUCUUUAAUUCCGACGACAGCCUGUCUCCGCCGACGUCCUACAUGGCUGCCACACCCGCUCCUCACCCUCGCCAGGACGACGUCGUCACCACCCUCGCCCUCAAGCGCCGUGUUUACACAAGGCUGGAGAUUGAUGAAGCCUACAAAGACGAGACUCCUCCCUGGAGCCUUAGUGGCUACUUCAAGUCGGCGUGCAGAUGCUCCAGAGAAACAGUCAUCGCCGGCCUCCUCAGCAUCUUCCCCAUCCUCAACGUCGUCAGGAGUUAUCAACUACGUCAGUACAUCCUCGGCGACUUCUUGUCAGGUCUAUCCGCUGCCUUCCUACAUCUACCACAAGGCCUGGGGUUCGGACUACUUGCCUCCUUGGCCCCCGUCAACGGCCUUUAUGCUACCUUCUUCCCAAUCGUCCUAUAUACGCUGUUCGGAACUUCUCAGCAUGUGAGCAUGGGAACAAAUGCAGUAAUUGCUCUCAUGACGGCUAAUAUCGUUGAACGGGAAGGGGGCCUGUUUACGGCAUCGUUUAGUAAUGUGACCAUUACUGAUGAAGAGGUUCUGAACCAUAAAGUGGGCGUGGCAAUGGCGGUGGCCUUCUUCAGCGGACUGGUACUGUUACUGAUGGGAGCUUUGCGGCUUGGCUUUCUUACCAUGUAUCUAUCUGUGUCGUUUGUUGGUGGAUUCACCACUGCAUCCGCGGUUCACAUCGCCACAAGUCAAAUCAGCAAGAUGCUCAAUAUCAAGGUAAAGGCGUACUCUGGAGCAGGAAAGAUCAUCCUUACGUAUGUUGGCAUCUUCACCAACAUCGCAGACACCAACGUAGCUGACAUCGUCAUAGCCCUCAUCUGUGUUGCAAUUCUUCUGGCAGUCAAAAUAGGCAUCAAUGAACGAUUCGCGAGUAGAAUGAAGAUUCCCAUUCCAAUCGAUCUAAUUGUGGUUGUCCUGGGGACAUUUAUAUCCCAUUUCGCAGAACUGAAGCGACACUUCAACAUAGCGAUUGUGGGUGACGUACCUAAUGGGCUACCUGUGCCCUCGCUGCCGCAUUUCGAAAGCAUUCCAAGGAUAGCAACUGAGGGGUUCGUCAUUGCAAUCAUAAUAUUUGCCAUGACGAUAUCAAUGGCAAAGCUGAUGGCACGACAGCAUGACUACGAGCUUGACUACAACCAAGAACUGAUCGCCUACGGCAUGAGUAACUUCAUCUCCUCUUUCUUCCACUGUUUCCCCUCCUGCACUGCCCCUCCCAGAACAAUGAUCCUCAGCUCCUUAGGAUCCAGGACAACCCUAAACGGAAUCCCGUCAGCAAUCUUCAUCCUCAUCGUCAUACUGGCUGCUGGUCAGUUGUUUGUCUCCCUACCUAUCGCUGUCUUAGCUGCUAUGAUUGUCGUUGCAAUGAAGAAUCUCCUGCUACAGAUACGGCAGCUUCCAGGAUUGUGGCGGGCAAGCAAGGCCGACUUCACCAUCUGGAUCUUUACCUUCCUAGUCGGGGUGCUAGUAGAUUUGGACUUCGCAAUCAUCGUCGGCGUAGGUAUAUCCAUCUUCACCGUUAUCGUUCACACGCAGCUCACCACGGGGUCUAUCACGGGGGUCUCAACAAAAGAGGACGUGAUGCUGACAGAAGGAACCCGGGACGGAACAAGAACGAUUCCUGGCAUCUCCGUGUUCUUCUUUAAUUCCAUUUUGUAUUUCGCCAACGCGGAGAAAUUCAAGAAAGAGAUAUUCCUGAAGGUGUUCAACCCUGCUACACGGGAAAACAUCAAGAGAGACAUCAUUGCAAAAGAAGCUGGGGAAGGCGUAACAAGUAAUGGCAAUAAUGGCAAAGAGGUCGACCAUGACGAUGUCGUGGCUGUCAUGUCGGAUGACUCCCUCGUCCACAGCAUCAUCAUUGACUGCUCCGCCAUGUCCUUCAUUGACAUCGGUGGGGUCAAUGUCCUCAAGGUAGUGGUGUCCAAGUACGGAAAGGUAGAUACCAAGGUGUACCUAGCCUGUGUAGGGAAGUAUAUGUGGAAAACUCUCCACAGAGCUGGCUUCUUUGACACCUUCCCAACGGAACAUGUCUUCUUUGACGUAUGGGAUGCUGUGACCGCUCUUCAAAAGAAAGGAAUGGAACGACCCACAUCUGAACUCUUGACGUGUGUGGAUCCUUCGUCGAGACCUUUCUUGGAUUGUAGAUUUUGAGAUGUUACGUACGCUUUUCACUGACACAGUUCCAUGCGAUAUAGUGCUUUGAUUAGUAGAGCCGUAAACGAGGUUUUCUAAGAAGAGGUGCUGUCUCGAUCCGAUGGAGAAAUUCCGUCGAUUAGUGCAGAAAGAUGCUCAACCAUGCUUUUCUGGUAAUUUAAAUCUAGGAGUGUGGUCAAAGGCAUUUAUUAGUUCCCUGAGGAAUAUAGACCUCUCGGACACAUACGAAAUUGUGUACGGCAAGCUCGCAUAUUCAGGAUGAACUUUCUUGUGUAUGAUUCUGUGCAUUUAUGAGCGUGUGUUUGUUGUGACGUUGAUGACAACAGUCAACAUUAACGACUUUUCAAGGGCCGGUUCCAGGAAACGGUCUUAGCGAUUGGUAUUAAGUAUUGGUGUUGAAGUUAUGACAGUGGUAGAGCAAAAAUCAUUUUGUGGAACUGGUGUCAGUUCGUAACUCAUACCUUAACGUAAGUCGCUUUGUGGAAUGGGGCCCUGGUCCCAGUACUGUUAUUAAUCAAAGAUGACCCGUUAAAGAUGCCUGGUUAACAGAAAGUAUUACAUUUCAUAUUAUAUUAUUAUAUAUUUCAAUGGAAAAUUUGAAUUAAAUUUAAA